AUGAAAAUUUUCUCUAUUUCUGUUGUGCUUUACUGUAUUUGCGUAACGAAGUAUGCCUACAAAAACUUGAACGAGUUAUUCACAGUGCUAAGCAGCAGUUUGGCUAUGAAAAGCGGUAGUUUGGCUAAGAAAAGAGGCAGUUUGGCUAAGAAAAGAGGCAGUUUGGCUAAGAAAAGAGGCAGUUUGGCUAAGAAAAGAGGCAGUUUGGCUAAGAAAAGAGGCAGUUUGACCAUAUGGAAGAGAUGCUUGGCAGUAAUUAAUGUGAAGCGGAAAAGUACUUUCCCUACAUGGAAAAAAGGUGAAGAGGGUUUCAUUAAGUCCUUCUUAAAUGAGCGAAAGAAAAGCCGUAAAAACAAAAAAAAAAGUAUAGAGAGAACACUACACCUUAUGAAUGGUAAGUUAUUGCCCCAUAAUGACAACACAUUUUUGAAUUAUAAUGACAAGCGUACAAACAGUAGAAGAGGUAAUAAUACGUCGGAUAGGAGAAAUGUAAAAUUUUUUUUUUUUUUUAAAAAUAAUGAAAAUACAUUUUUUUUGGUGAACUCUGUCGGAAAUGGAAAGAAAAAAGAAAACAAAAUAGCAAACAUGUCGAAAAUGUCGAAAACGUCGAAAACGUCGAAAACGUCGAAAACGUCGAAACUAUUAAAAAUGAAAGACAAAUUUUUUUUUUUCAAGUUAUAUGCUAAGAUGCCCGUCAUAACAGUAAAUAGAAAACUUUAUCCGAAGGAGUACAGUACAGAUUAUGAGGAGGUGCUAAGGAAGUUUAAUGUUACAUAUAUAAAUUAUAAAACAAGACUGAGAAGUAAGAAAGAAAUUGAUAUAAAAAGAAUUGAUGAUUUGUAUGGUAAGAUAUAUGAUAGGGAUGUUCUGAAAAAGCAAUUUUAUUUUUUUUUAUAUCAUGAUGAUAUUAAUACCUGUUUUCGGGUAUUAAAUGAAAACAGAAAUGUGCUCACAAGAGAGGAAUCAUUUAAAAUGUUGAACUCCUUACCCUAUAUUUUUGUUAAUGAUUUAAAAUAUGUAUAUCCAACAGAAGAAAAUGUGGAUGAAAUUUUAAGUAAAUUAAUAAAGACGUACAUAUUUCAAUAUGCAAAUGAUAAGAAUAUAGACUAUUUAAAUUUUAAGUAUAAAUAUAACGAGCUGGAUGAGUACUGUCAGCAGCUGGAGCACGAGUCAUUGAAUGGGACCCAGUGUAAUGAGAAUGGUAGGAAAAAUGUGGAUGAAAAGAGGGGGGAAAAAAAGGAUGACAACUAUUCUCAAAAAAGUGAAGCCAAUCAGAAUGAAAAUACUCUAAACACGUCAACAACAUCGGAAAAUUUAGCUACAGCUGACUUACCAAUAACGAAUACAUAUAUGAAAGUAGAACAAAAGGAUGAGGAACUGUCCAAAUGCGCAGAGGGAAAUAUUUACGAUGACUGGAAAGAAACAGAUUAUGAAAAAAGAUAUAAACAUAUGUAUUAUGAUUACAAGAUUAUUGAAUCAACAAAAAAAUAUAAAGAGUUAAUGGAAAAAUUUAAAAAAUAUCCAGCAAACAUCAAAUUAGAAAAAGUACAGUUGUUAUAUACAAAAAUUUUAAGCAUGAAGGGAAAUAAAAUAUAUGAAGGAUUUAGAAAACAUGAAAGCGUAAAAAAAAAUAAAGAAAGAAAAAUUUAUCGUAACGCCCAACUGACAGUGGAUCCAUAUAAACUCACUCCAUAUAUGUAUGAACCUAUUAAAUAUGAUAAAAAGAAAAAAGAAGAAAUAAAUAAGCUAUUUGAAAAAUAUGUAGAAGAAAAGGAUUUAAUAAAAGCUGCUUUUAUUUUAAGAAAAUAUACAAAUCUUAUAGACACAAAAGAAUUAAAGAGUCGACAAACUAUCAAGAAAUUUUUAAGAUUACAUGAGUAUAUAUAUAAAUGUAAUAAAUAUAAUGAAAAGGAACUAGCGCAUCUAAGAAUGAUCUACUACUCUAGUGUACAGAAACAUAGAGUCAUGAGAAAAAUAUGUGAAGUGGGCAUGAGGGAGCAAGGUGAAAAUGUAACUCAUAAAGAAGUUUAUGAAAAAGAAUUAAAUCGCUAUCUUGAAGAAAGAGAAAAAUUACGUGAUGAAAGAAUGAAAAAGAAAAAUAUUGACAUGGAUGCGAUUAGGGAUUUUAGCUCAGCCUAUUCUAUGGAAUGGCUCCCAGUUAUAUACAAAGAUAUGUUUGAACAAAUUGAAAAAGAAAAAAAUAUGAAAAGUACAGAAAAAGAAAAAAGUAAUAUUAGUAGGAAAAAAGAAAUUAUUAAAAAAUUAUUUCCCUCUGGAACAGAAGAAAAAGGUGCUAAUCAGGUGGGGGAUUCCACGCUAAAUGCAGAUACUCGUAUAAACAAGAAACAGGACUUGUUUGAUAUCAAGGACGAGUUAAAAUUUAGCAGAAACCUAUUGAAUUAUAAGAAAAAGACCAAGGGGAAAAGCAGGCGAAAGAAGGGCAAAUCGGGAAAGGGUGAAGUCAAAGGGGUUAGCAAGGGGGGAAGUGAGGUUGGCAAAGAAGAUAAUGCCAAAAGCGGUAGCGAGGGUGGUGGUGAAACUGCAUGA